CUGUCGUUAUCGAAAUGACAGAUCAAUACAACCUAACCUGCAAAUUUCGUCGAAAGAUAAAAACACGCAAAUGUACCGGUGAUAAAGAGAUUGGAAGCUUUUGCCACGUUUAUGAUUAAUGUGAAACGAGCGAGACCUGAACAAUUCACCCUUUACCAUGAAAUUGUGGUUAUGUUUGCUAUUGAGCGUGCUAUACUGCGUUCCAAAAAUAGAAUGUCUAGGACAGAUUAUUUAUGCCGUGAAUUGUGGUGGUGAUGCUCAUACAGACUCCAAUGGUAUACGUUAUGACAGAGAUCCCCUACAUGGUAAAAUUGGGAUACCAUCCGACUAUGGAAAGCGCCUUCUAAUUGGGAGGGUGUCCCCAAACGACUACAUACUGUAUCAAACAGAAAGAUACCACACGAAUACGUUUGGAUACGACAUUCCUGUUAAUUCCGACGGGGAUUAUGUUUUAGUAUUAAAAUUUUCAGAAGUUUACUUCAAUGCGCCGAACCAGAAAGUAUUUGACGUAGUGCUUAAUGGCGACCACACUAUUAUUCCAGAACUGGAUAUUUUUGACAAGGUUGGACGAGGCGUAGCCCACGACGAAUAUAUCCCUUUUAAAAUAUCUAAAGGACGACUGUAUGUAAAUUCCGAAGAAUCUGACAUUCGCGGGGCGAAAAUCAGAGUGGAAUUCAUAAAGGGGUACAAGGAUAAUCCCAAAAUUAAUGCAAUGUUUGUGAUGAAGGGGAAACUUGAAGACGUACCGCAGUUGCCUCCGCUUCCAGCAGAACACGAUUUAAUGGAUGAGUACAAAGAGGAACCUGAAAUUCUUCCAAAAAAUUUACGACCUAGCGGACCUAAACAACCAGAUCCGUACGCAAUGGAUGAUUCAUCUGUUAUGUUACCAGUAUUUAUAGCCAUCGGGGCAUUUAUACCUUUAUUAUUUUGCUUAUGCAAGUUGUGAUCUUUUUUGUUAAUACGUUGUUUUCAACACAUUUCGUAUAUAUAUUUCAUUGGUUUGGUUCAGUGGUUGAAGGGAUUCAGUGUACAUUUGUUCAAGAUAGACUCUGCUGGGUGCUUUUUUGGUUUUGAUACUUCCAAGUGGUUCCCUGGACUGUUGCGAGCAGAGACAUCAUAGUAAUAAACAACAUAAACAAAGACUUUAUAGCUAAAAUGUUUAAUAAAAAAUUUAUCAAGUUUUGAA